ACUUCAGUAGAGGCGACAACGACAAGGAAUAGUUCGUUAUCCUCUGUAUCCGUGCCACUCAUGGCUCUCCCUGUCGACGCCGCUGGGCCGGGGAGCAUGACUUCGUCAUUCUCAUCAAGCAGCACAAAUGCAACAGCUGGGCCAAGCUCUGCUUCGGCUAUAUCAACUUUGCGCUCGCUGUAUCCAAGGGCCGCUCAUGCACUUCUUCAACGGGAUUUCACUCUUACGCAGACGAUACUCGAAUCAGCAUUCGAGCUUCUACCGCCACCGUCGUCAUUGGGAUCUUCGUCCGUCCCCGACUCAUUAGACACGCACCGACGCAAAUGGGAUAUACUACGGAUCACUCUCGAGACGUCCGCUUUUGACUCUCCGCCUUCUGCAAGCAGUAAGGGAGUUUCUGCAGACGACGUAUUACCGCCAACUUUACGUGCGAACCUCAUGUUGUCCGCUCCGGGACUCAUUACCGCACUUCAUACGCGCUCAGUGAGGCUCUUCACUCCGAAGCAGCAAAGCCCGAAAGCAGCAUUUCUCCCUGCGCAGAUACUAAUACCUCUAGUGUAUUCAAGUCUCAAGUUACAUUGUCCUGACGUUGGACGUGGGAUGAUCGAGGAUUGGUUAGCGCAGAGGGACUCGGUUGAGAGCACUCGAAGAGAUUUAGAAGGGUACGAACGUGUGCUGGAGUUGUAUUGCCUGCAUGUCCUCACUCGGUUACACGAUUGGGAGUAUGCCCAGGAGUUUCUGGAAUAUGAAAGCGAAUUGUCUGAUAAGGCUCGGCAGAGCCUUAAAACGAAACUACAAGUAUUCCGCGCUCAAGAAAUCGAAUCAGCACGUUCAAUACCAAGUCCUCCACCCCCUUCACUCCCAAGCUCAUCGAGUAGUUCGGGUUCGAGGACACCUUCCCCCUCUCCUUCACUAGAAUCGAAUUCCUCUUCGGACACGGACGAUACACAUUCGACACGUACGGUCGUUCCGCAUACUCCACGCGCGAAACAUGGAAUGAAUGGUGUGCUAUCGCCACUAACGCCGACUCCGUCGUCGUCUUCUACCUCCCUUGCCGCAGAGGCGAAAUAUUCGAAUUCGAAUGGACAUGCGGGGAUUAAAGGAAAAGGACGGUCCGUGUCUCCCGUCUCGGAAUUAUCCACUGCUCGAGGGAGUCAAGCACUUACUGAACGACGGGCUGCGGGGAGCAUAAGUGCGAAUGGACAUGCGCAACAUAGGACGGUAGGAGCGAGGAACAACGAGCCGUCCGGGCUAACGUUUGCGAUGAGUAUUUUAAAGACGUACAUCUCGCAGGUGGGAGCUUCGAGGCUUUUGUUUGCCUUAUUAUGCCUCCUGGUCCCUGUUUUCUCGUUCUUGGUUCGACUACGCAAUAGGCGAAGAAGUCAGAAGGCUAUUACUGGGACGCAUAGCGGAUCGAGCGUGGAUGCGGUCCGGAGGAGGUUAGCGGGGCAGGUACGAGGAGGCGGUGGUGGGUUGUUAGGCUCUCUAUGGGUGGAAAUGAUACGUGCGGUGGCUGAUGCGGUGCGUAUGGCGGGUGGCGGACUUGUAUAGCGUAUAGCAUUAUUUCUUCAAGGAGAUUUCUAAUGAUGUUGUUUUCGUGUACACAUGUCGAUUCCCUGAAUCGUUUUUCUUGUUAUUCAUGCUUAUUUUAUAUAGUUUUCCGUAAUCUUGAGUUCAAAUUCUUGGUUUUUAAACUCUCUCCUUUGUGCCUCUUAGUUCCUUUCAUUGCCUUUGUGCCUUCCUUUCUUUUAAUUUGGUUUUGGUUUGUUUUUUAGGGUAUGUUCGGAUUGAUCGUGCUCAUAUGCAUACACGAAAUGGGGUAAACAC